CUCUCCCUCUCCAUCUCCGCCAUCUCAUCUCUCCCUCUCCCAUCCUCGAUCUCUCUCCCUCAUACUCUCUCGAUCUCUAUCCCUCAUACUCUCUCAAUCUCUCUCCUUUCCUCUCCCUCCGCCUCUCGAUCUCCCUCUCCUCCCUCUCUCUUGAUCUCUCUUUUCCUCAUUUUCUUCGACAUGCUGUUCCUUCUUCUAUCUGUCUCCAACAAUCGAAGAAAGUAGAAGAAAGAAGAGAAAAUCGAAAAUAUGUCUUUCUGAAUGUCCAUCACUGGGUGCAUGUUAUGUUCCCUGUAACUUCAUAAGACCAGAGCAUUGACAUGGCAAGUUUUAUGGGAAGAGGAGACCCUUUAAAUGGUUCUGUGUACGUCUGUAACUUACCUCCUGGAACUGCUGAGAGUAUGCUGGCUGAUUUUUUUGGCACCAUAGGGUUGCUAAAGGCGCAUUUUUUAAAGAAAGCUCAGGGUCUUUGUCUUCUCUCUCCGAAAGGUUCUCUGAUGGGCAGGAUGACUUCACUCCGUAGGAGCUUCAUACUUGGAGUGUGUUUCAAGAAACAUGGCCAGCAAAACCAUCAAAGUACGGUUUGUUUAUUGUCCGAAAUGUCGGAAGCUUCUAACAGAGUUGAGCAAACAUCUGGUGAUACUCCUGAUACUUGUUUUUUAGUCUGAUUUUGUACACAUCUGGUGAUACUCCUGAUACUUGUUUUUUAGUCUGAUUCUGUACACAUUCCCCAUCUAUGAUACUCCUGAGUUAAAGGAGACCGUUUCAGUGGCAAACAAUGCAUGUUGGGCAAUUGGAGAACUGGCAGUUAACAUCAGUUAUCUUGCUGAAUUCCCAGUUAAACACAUAAUUUCAGUGGAAUGCAGGGUUUUAUCUUGUUCUUUUUGGAGGCUUCAGGCAAUAUUUUGAUCACUUUCUAGCAUAUCCCAAAUAUUUCUUGAAUGAGGGAAUCUUCAUGGCAGGGCCCAUCUCUUGCAUGGCUUGCAUUUUCAAGAGACAUGGUUUUGUUAGUGGGAUGAAUAGCUUUGCAUGCAGUCAUUUUGCCUUUAAAAUUGUAAUACCACAAAAAUCAAUGCGUGUAUCACUUUCAAAACACA